AUCAUCAGUUUAUAUCGCUGUCUGUUUGGCCGUGAAAGACGUGGGUGCGCACAGAAGGUCCACGGGGUAGAAAAUCCAACUACAACAAAGAGAUGCAUGUCAGAUAUCCGCUCAAGCGGAGAUACGCCACAAGCUUGUCUUGUGGACUAACAUGGCGCCGAGAUGUCUUUCAUUUAAGUGGCUAGCUCGCUGAGUGCUAAUGGUUAGCACUCUACGUUGACUUUGAAUGAACCUGCAGUAGCUGUCACCGUGUUCGUACCUUUGAACCAUGGCUCCAUGGCACGUGAUGAGCUCAGCUGCUGAGGAUGAGGAGGCUGCGGAGCUAGAAACAGCCAACGCUGUCACUCUUAGCCAAGAUGGCGAUGAAAGAAUCCUUCUACACUGCCCUACAACUGACGAUGACUCAGAGCCACUACAGAAGAAACUGCGACUCUCCACAGAGGAACAAGAUGCCUCAGAAACACAGAGCUUCUCAGUUGUCACUUUACCAAUGGCUGACAGCAACGAAAGCUUUGAGCUGACAAUGACGGCCACGGCUGAUGGAGAUCUCUCAGAAGAAGGUGUAGCUCAAAUUCAGAUCCUUCAGGAGGAAGGUGAGAAGUCAGAAGUGUCGCCAGUCAGCCAGGCAUGGUUCACCACCAAAGAAGACAAAGACACACUGACUAACAAAGGUCACAAGUGGAAGCAAGGGAUGUGGUCCAAAGAGGAGAUUAACAUUCUCAUGAGUAACAUCGACAAGUAUGUAAAGGGCCGAGGCAUUGAUGAUCCCGCUGAGAUCAUCUUUGAGAUGUCCAAAGAGGAGAGGAAGGACUUCUAUCGCUCCGUGGCCUGGGGAUUGAACCGGCCCCUCUUUGCCGUGUACAGACGAGUUCUUCGUAUGUACGACAACCGUAACCACGUUGGCAAGUACACUCCAGAUGAAGUAGACAAGUUGAAGACGCUCCGAGAGAUGCAUGGGAAUGACUGGGCGACCAUCGGUGCUUCUCUCGGUCGCAGCGCUUCUUCCGUUAAAGAUCGCUGUCGUCUGAUGAAGGACACGUGCAACACUGGCAAAUGGAGUGAGGAGGAGGAGCGUCGCCUGGCUGAGGUGGUCUACGAGAUGGCAGGCGUCUCGCCCGGGUCUGCUGUUACCGGAGGGGUCUCCUGGGCCUUGGUGGCUGAAAAAGUACGCACACGUUCUGAGAAGCAGUGUCGAUCAAAGUGGUUGAACUACCUGAACUGGAAACACAGCGGAGGAACGGAGUGGACCAAGGAGGACGACCUGACUCUCAUAAGCAGGAUUUUGGACAUGAAGGUUGAGGAGGAGAAUGACAUAAAAUGGGAAGAACUAGCUGGCGGGUGGAGAAGCGUCCGGUCGCCUCAGUGGUUGCGAUCCAAGUGGUGGAGCAUCAAGAGACAAGUGCCGAACCACAAGGACAUCCCCUUCAAUUUUCUUCUAAACACACUUCACGAAGUCAUGUCCUCUUCUCAAACGGCGAGUGGACCAGGAAGCCCUUCCACUGCUGCCACUGCACUCCAGAUCAGAGUAACUCGCAUAGAGGAGAGCAACAGUAGCAGCAGCCAGACCGCUAGUUCUGUCGCCGCUCUGCAGAUCCCCGUCCAGAUCCCCCUGCAGAUCACACACCUGGCUUCUGAUACGUCCUCAACAACCAGCGACAGUGAGACCAUAACACUGAACACAGGAGCUCUGCAGACCCUGGAGAUCCUGCCUUCCUUCCAUCUUCAGCCCACUGGCACACCUGGAACAUACUACCUCCAAACAACUACAAAUCCAGGGAUGCCUCUCAGCCUCUCCGCCAGUCCAGGCCUUCCGCUCAGCUUAUCCAACAACAGCACGGUGACCCUGACAACAGGCUCCUCCCCUGUCUCAGCAGAACAACACAUCAUCCUCCAAAGUUUGUCGGCUGAACAGCUGUGCUCCAGCGACAGCGUCAUCAUCCAGACAGUCACCACGGAGCCGACGUCUUCAGACGCUCUGAAACAGUCACAGCUGAUAGAAGGGACAGAAGAUGACGUUAUUAAUGUUUCUCGGCUUCUGGAAGAUACUGAUAAUGUUACAGAGGCACAGGAGCCAAUGGCUGAAGGCCUCAGCGACAAGGAGUUGAGUUCCCCUCAGGCAGGAGAUCCAGUGGUACCUUCUGGCCUUACAUCAGACACUGCAGUUCUAAUAGUGUCGCCUCCCAACAUCAGCAGCACGCUGACAGAUCCAAUUCUAGAGAACCAAGAAAUUUCCGACUGACUUUUGCUCCAGAAUAAUGACAGCAGGAGACAUCUGCCCACACUGUGAGUUCAAGACAAAACCUGGACCUAUUUUUUUUUUCAAAACAAGGCUUCGAACCGGACCCCUGGAUCAAAUGUGAACGGACCGUUGGCUGAGCCAAAGACACUUGAUUUUUAUUCAGGCAAUAAUGAACAUUGUGAAUACAAAUGUACCACCAGGUAAGUUGUGAUGUAUAAAUUUCCAAUGGAAACGUGGAUUUUAUUUUGUUUUAUUUUCGACCAGCUGACAGGUUUCUGUUGUGUAUUUAAACAGCAUCACGAUUAAACAUGUUUGCU